UUAGCUUAGCCGCCGACAAUUUUAAAUCGACUUCGCCCUCUGCAUCACAUUACUAGAUUAUUAAAAAUAAUUGUUACUCAACAUGUUUAAUUUGUUAAUUCGACGAAAUAAUAAAUUAAAAGUGAUUGUGUUAAAUAAUCAACGAAAACUUUCGAGCCUUCAAGAAACAUUGGAGAAUAAUGAAAAUGGUGAUGCUACGGUUGCAAAUCAGUUAGUCAUCGAUUGCAACAAAUCCGGCCUGUUAAAUCAACAUCAAAAUGUGCUCCACAACAAAUGUCCAUACAAAGAGCCAAAUUCUUGGAUCCAUUUAACCGAAAAAUAUCAACGAAAAACGUAUGGUCGUUAUGGAUCCAGUAGCGGAAUAAGUCCUCGUAUAUGCUUCAGUACUAAAGAGGACAAUAUAUCAAAAUCUCGUUACGAGAAAUUUGCUGAGCCAGAAACAGUACAGUCAAUGAUUAGCAAAUAUAAGUUUCAACAAAAGUGCAAAACUGAUGAAAUACUUAAGCGGGAAGAGGACAUCAACAAAAAGCUUGAAAAAUUAGAGCAAUGGAAGCAGGAAUUAAAUUCAAGAAUAAUGAAAAAGGAGGCUGAUGCUCUUGCGGCUAAGGAAAAAAGAGAACGGCUAAUAGAAGAAGUUCGAAGGCAUUUUGGUUACAAAGUCGAUCCUAGAGAUGAAAGGUUUAAGGAGGUGUUAGAGCAGAAAGAAAGAGAGGAUAAAAAGAAACAAAAAGAAGCAAAACGUAAAGCCAAAGAACAAAAAUUAAUGUCUAAAUUAGUAGAAAAAUCUGCUGCUUCAUAAUCAAAUAAACAGUUUUUCUAAUAAUAA